CGAAAGUGGGGCUAUCCCACUAUCCCUGGUGUCUGCAUUCGGCAGGACACAGUCUAGUACGCCUCCAGUCGGACUUCAGCACUAACCCAGUGCUCACCUUGAAGCUAUCAUAUAAGCUUGGAUUUUGAAGAGGCAUAUCUUGUCAGUGGUCUUGAGCUAGGCUAAUUAAGUGCCUAUCUAGUACAGCAUCUUUUGCACAGGCUGCCGUUUCUGAGUCGGCACUCUUCCGCAGCUAAUAUAUAACCACGAUAUUGUUGCCCAUAUCCGACAGCGCCGAGCCUCUGCCGCAAGACUUGCAAAACGGGCAAGUUAUCUCAGCCCAUCCAUGCCCCUCGCACCGUACACAACCCCGGUGCCGCAACCCGUCUUCAUGCCGGGUAUCAGCUACCAGACGGAAGCGCCGUCACCGACGACAGUCGCCACCUCGGCCCCGACCCCCCUCCCCGUCCGACCUGGGUACCUAGAAGAUGACGGGGCAUCGCAAGAGCCCCUUUCCCCAUCCACAGCUGAGCACAAGGGCCAGCCCUCUCCGCCAUCCUUCGAACUACCCCGUCUCCGCCUCCAAAUCCACGACCUCUCCCACCCGGGCGCCUCCAUUUUUUUGCAAGCCAUCAACCCCAGCACCUGCUUCGAAUCCAGCGUGCGCAACGUGCUCAAAUGGCUCUACAUCUCCCCAGGAGAAAAGCACACGCACGCCCCACCCACACGCUCCGUAACCCUUAUAUUACGGGACAUGGGUGGUGUGGCCUACACCACGGGGUCGGACCUUGACGACGACCACAAGGAGAUCCACUUCAGCCUGGGGUAUAUCGCGGGGAUCACGCGCUCGCGACAUGAGGCCGAAAUAACGGGGGUCCUCACGCAUGAGCUGGUGCACUGCUACCAGUGGAACGGGCGGGGUGCGUGCCCGGGAGGUCUGGUGGAGGGGAUCGCCGACUGGGUGCGGCUGAAUUGUGACUUGGCGCCGCCGCAUUGGAAGAAGGAGGCGGGCGGGAAAUGGGACGGCGGGUAUCAGCAUACAGCUUAUUUCCUCCAGUAUUUGGAGGGGCGGUUUGGCGAGGGGACGGUUAGAAGGCUGAAUGAGAAGUUAAGGACGUGUGAGUAUGAGGAAAAGCCGUUCUGGACUGAGUUGAUUGGACGGCCGGUCGAGCAGCUGUGGGAGGAUUAUCGGGAGCAUUUGAAAGCGGAAGGGGUGCCUUCGGAGGGAGGGUGUAACGCGGACAAGAAGUCCACAGAUGAGGCGACGUAGAAUUAGGCUAUCGUGCCGAGAAUAUCUGCAUGACUUGUUCUCCGCGGACAGACGCAAAAGCGAGCAUUGGAUCUUUUAGUUGUCAAAUACUUUCAACGAAUCAUUUUCCAAAUCA